CGGAAGUGUCUUUCCGGCAAGGCGUGAUAGGCUUAAAAAUGGGCAACCUGGGUUUCUCCUGGUGAUGGCACUUCCUGGUUCCUUACGACGCGUGGUUGUCUUUCUUACUGUCGUGGGGCAAAAAUUGACAGCGGCUGCCUGGAGUGAAGCGUAACUGUGAGUGGGCAGCUGUGUCUCGUGUCGUCAUUUCCGUCCUCCGAGAAAGAAGUGAAGGAUGCUGUCUGGCCACUAACCAGCAAACCUCAGAUCUUAGAAGAAAGAGUUUGAUGAAAACAAACAUGCCUUUGUUUAGCAAAUCGUACAAAAACCCGGCUGAGAUCGUGAAAACUUUGAAAGAAAACUUGGCCAUAUUGGAAAAGCAGGAUAAAAAAACAGACAAGGCGUCUGAAGAAGUAUCCAAAUCACUCCAAGCGAUGAAGGAGAUUCUGUGCGGGACCACGGACAAAGAACCACCUACGGAGGUGGUGGCUCAGUUAGCCCAAGAACUGUACAACAGUGGCCUACUGGUCAGCCUCAUAGCCAACCUGCAGCUGAUAGACUUCGAGGGCAAAAAGGACGUCUCCCAAAUAUUCAACAACAUCUUGAGAAGACAGAUUGGAACUCGGAGUCCGACAGUGGAAUACGUUAGUGCCCAUCCACAUAUCCUGUUUAUGCUCCUCAAAGGAUACGAAUCGCCCCAGAUUGCCUUACGUUGUGGAAUUAUGUUGCGGGAAUGUGUUCGACACGAGCCUUUGGCCAAAAUUGUCCUUUUCUCGGAUCAGUUCAGAAAUUUUUUCCAAUACGUGGGAAUGUCAACUUUCGACAUAGCCUCCGAUGCUUUUGCUACUUUUAAGGACCUGCUAACAAGACACAAAGUGCUGGUCGCUGAAUUAUUAGAGCAGAACUAUGACAUGUUCUUUGAGGAUUAUGAAAAGCUUCUUCAUUCCGAGAAUUAUGUAACAAAGAGGCAGUCUCUAAAGCUGCUGGGCGAGCUGAUUCUGGACCGACAUAACUUUGCCAUCAUGACCAAGUACAUCAGCAAACCGGAGAACCUGAAGCUGAUGAUGAACCUGCUGCGCGACAAAAGCCCCAACAUCCAGUUUGAGGCCUUCCAUGUCUUUAAGGUCUUUGUGGCCAGUCCAAACAAGUCCCCCGCCAUCGUUGACAUCCUGUUGAAAAACCAGCCCAAACUCAUCGAGUUUCUGAGCAACUUCCAGACGGAAAGGGCAGACGACGAACAGUUCACAGACGAGAAGAACUACCUGAUCAAACAGAUCCGAGAUUUGAAAAAGCCAGCUCCCUGAAGAUCUCUGUUUUCUAGUCUUCUGGUCAGAAGCCUUUUGAUUUUGUUCUGUCUGUGUUGUUUGGGGCGGGUGGAGGGUGAACCCACGGUGGGCUGCCAAGUGCCACUUUUUUCCUUUGCUGAAGCCAGCAUCUAGAAUGGUAGCCAUUUUACACAGCUAUGCAGUCCCCAAAAUUACCUAUUUUAAUCAAGUCUUAUGAUUAUCCAUCAGACAAACGUGAUCCCCGUUCUCCCACGGCUGGAUGGACUGCUUUGCUAUCACUUUAACGAGAUCAGGUGGCUGAUCCGUGCAAUGCAACCUUACAGCUCCCACUUAGCGUAACUCUUGUGCACUUUGACGUAUGGCGUUGGCCUAAUCCUAUGUUCUCUGUUCCAAUGUGAUGGUGCGGUUUGAUGCCAAGAAAGUCAGGCUGAUAUUUUGUUUUGCGUUCUUUCCUAGUUGGUGUAAACUAUUUCUGUCUUCUCCCCCGGCCCCCUUCCCACACAACCAAGUUUCCUGUCCCCACUGUUCCAAUCCACGUUUUUGUGGAUCAACACACUUCUGAGGAAGGUAGAUUUCACAGAAUCACAGAAGGGUAGAUCCUCUUAGGAUUUUCAAACAGGGUCUUACCUAGGUCGGGAGUUAGUCCUGUGUCCUUUCCUUCCAUGGGAGCAAGUAAUCCCCCUUCACUGAAGCCAAAGGAGGCCCAACUGUUGUACAGUAUCUUCAGAGUUUCUCACUGAGGUUGUGUGUGUGUUUUCAUAGUGGACAUUAUGGUAGGGUAGACUGAUACAAAUUGCUCAUCCUACUGGUGAGAAAUGGCACACGAACAAGGGAUGAGCAGUUCAGUGAUUACAUGGCAGGCAACAUGAGGCCAGUGUACCAACAGGCUUUGUAAAAAGGACACGGGGGACCUCCCAAAUGAGCACUUUGUUUUUAGGAUAGAAAUGCCCCCUUCCCCCACAAGACAGCAAUGUUUUGGAGCCUGUCUCUUAUUUAGACUUCAUAUGGGAAAAUAUUAACCUUCUUUGCGUGUAUAAUCUGAAUGUUAAGAAUGUGAAUCCAGCUUUGUAAAGGCUGAAAGAUUGAGAAAAAUAAUUGCACUGUAAUGUUUGUGAUUAAUAAAAAAUUUAAUUGUUCCCAGAA